GAGACUGAGAAGCACAGCUGAUUCUCAUAAUUAGAGAGCUGCAAAACUUAACAAACCCUGACACUCCCAGAGCCAGCCGCAAGAGCCUCAUCUUGCUGUUGACCUGUGUGUGGCUCCUGACCUCCACGCCUGUGCCUGGGAGCCAUGCUGCUAUUCCUCACCCUGGUGCUCCUCCUCUUCAGUCCUGCCUGCAGUGCCCAGGAGCUACAGAGCCCUGGCUUUGGCUCCUACUUCUACAUCAAGGGCGAAGAGCUAGGCGAGAUCCAGGGCAUCCGAGUCUUCGUGGGGAUCCUGGGCCUCAUCAAGGGCAUCCAGCUGCGGUUCGGCGAGCACUGGAGUCCGCGCUACGGGGCUCCCGGCGGGCGCGCGCGGGAGUUCCUGCUGGAGGAGGGCGAGCGCAUAACCGCCGUGGACGGCAGCGCGCGCCUUUGCAUCUGGCACCUGCGCUGGACCACCAGCAGGGGGCGCCAGGCGAGUUUCGGGCGCGCGGCCGGCACGCGGUUCAGCUCCCAAGCCCCCUCCCCCGGCCAGCAGCUCCUGACCGCCAACGGCCAGCACUGGUUCUUCUGCCUCUCCGGAAUCGGCUUCAAGUGGGGGUUCGCCCCCCAGAAGCUGUCCACUCAGGCAUCUACCACGGCGUCUCAAAAGCCUUCCACAGACCCGGGGGAGGGCUCCACAAUGGGCCCUACCUUCCAUCUGGGCUUCCUCUACAGGCUGCUCUGACAUGGCCGAGAGACCAGAUGGCCACAGGAUGGAGUGACAAGGCCACGGCGGCCCUGAAUCCCCUACUUAAAUAAAGUCUCUGCAUCUGUGUA